GGAAUGCUAAUAGCAAUUUUUGUUUAUGUAUAUUGAUUACAGAGUGGUGAACAUCGACCUUUGUCAUAUACUUGUCCAUGUUCGCUGUUUCCGCGUCUGCUCUUCUGUUUUCCAUCGUUGUGCAUGCUUUAGUGGAUAAAAUCGCGAAAUGUUUAAACCCGUUUCGUCAUGAACUAUCUGAAAAUCAAGAAUCAAAGCCAAAAUAUGUUCAGAGGCAGCAUUUUAUUUGGCAAAACACGUGUGUAUCUUUUGUGCACGCCUUUGUAUCAGGGAUUUGGUCUUUAUCAACGUUUUACUUCGAACCCGACUUCCUAACCGAUUUGAUAAACCUGUCUACAUGGCGAUCUAUUUCUCUGGUAUCCUACUCUCUUGGUUACUUCAUUUUUGACUCUUUACAUAUGGCUAUCCUGCAUCCUUAUCGGUCUACGGCUGAGUUGUUGGUGCAUCACUUUGUCAUAUUUUUGUGCUUCUCAUCUGCAUUAUUAUCUGGCAACUAUAUUGGGUAUGCGGUUGUUUCGCUUCUUCCGGAAGUUAACUCAAUCUUCUUGCACUUGCGAAGGGCGAUGAACUACUUACAUGUGCCCAAAAGAAAUCCCAUCUUUCGUGCCAUUUGUUUGUUAAACAUUAGUUCAUUUAUUGUGUUCCGUUUCAUGGUAUUAUCUUGGAUGACUCGUUGGAUUGUCAUUAAUCGAGAUCGAGUUCCAUUCGGAUACUACUGCCUUGGCUCAGUUGGCCUUGCUGUGUUAAUGGUUAUGAAUAUUGUUCUGUUCAUCCGGGUUGUUUACGCUGAUUUUCUAACAAACAAUACAGUUUCCAGUGCAGCGUUGUUAGUUUCUGCAGCUGGCUCUAGUACAGGUGCACCUGGGAAACCUCAUCUGUCAGUGCAUUCAUCUUAUGUUUCUGCACAUUAAGAUGAUUCUGUCCUUUUAUUUUGUAUACCGUAUAUAUUUUUUAAUUCGACUUUUGAAGAAUCAUUUUUUGUGAAACAUGUAAAACAAUAUUUCAUCUUUUCGUCUGUGUAAAUAAGCAUUACAGUGUCUGUCAAUUAAAUUUGCGAAUUUAACCUGUACUUUUAUAAUUCUGUUUCAGUGUAAUAUUAAUCCUCAGUAUGACUCACUGCCUUAUCUGUGAUAUUACUUCAAUACUUCCCUAUCCUCUUUACUUUUUGAUUGUUCACCUAUGUGUCUACAAGUUUUAUGUAGUGCGUUUAUUCACUAACUUUGGUCAGUAGUUGCAGAGUUAGGAAUAAGAGUCCAUACUAUUUCAGGGGGAUUUAAUGUUAAUGUACUUUUUAUUUGUUUUGAUAUUUUCUAUAUUACAUAAUUUUAUGCUAGAAAUAAUUAAUAAACUUCUAAACCCAUUAUUCAGAUGAAUAAAUUUAUACAUAACCAA